AUAGCGUAAGUAGUAACGUAAUAGAUGAGGAGCGAAGACAAAGAGGAAAUUUUAUAAAAGGUAAUGACAAGAGAAUGAAAAACGAGAGAGAGAAGCAGUGAGUGGGUAAGCUAUUGAGAAGGAGAGAAAGAGAGCGUAGGUAAGAGAGGGAGAGAGAGAAAGAGAGAGGGAAAGAGAAAGAGUAAGAGAGAGAGAGAGAGAGAGAGAGAGAACGCAUGGCUUUUACUGGGGUUUCGAAAACAAAACUCUUGCUCGAAGUGAAUGAGAGAAAAAGAAGUUAGAAGCAACGAAGUGAGGGACGAGUUGCUUGCUUGUCAGAGACUGAACUGAACACACAUAUUUAUACACAAACAUAUACACACACGCACAUAUAUAAAUAUAAACACAUACAUACAUACAUACAGAUACACACACGCACACACACACACACAUAUAUAUAGAGGCGUACGCAUACUCGCGCGCCGUGCGCUCACAUACGUACACACGCAUAAAACAUAAGUAGACUUGUACAACCGAGAGGAGGGAAAAUCGCAACUAGUCGUCGUGCGAUACACUUCAUAAUAAAACCAAAGUGGAUUAAAAGAAGGAAAUCCGAUAGACUACAAAAUUAAAUAGGGUAGUAAAUUGACCAGAACCGCCUAACCGUGACCAUUUUACCAUGGCAAAUAAGUUUCAACCAAAAUAUCCCAAGGAUACCGUCUUGAUAGCCGUGAACGAUAGCAGUUAUGCAGAUUAUGCAGUUUCAUGGUAUUGUCAGCACAUCCACCGAGCUGGAAAUGAAGUCAUACUUGUCCACUGCAUGGAUUCAUCAGAUACUUCUGAUGCUUCUGUGAGGCUUGGAAGAGAAGAACAGAUGCUUGAACUGGAGAAAGGAUUUAUUGAUAAAAUGUCUACAUUUGGAGUGGACGCUACCAUACGUCAGAUCUCCGGCAAACCAGGUGAAGCCAUCUGUAAAGCCGCCGAAGAGGAAUGUGCCACCGUGAUAAUUACUGGGACUCGUGGAUUGGGGAAGCUGAAAAGAGCAUUCCUUGGUAGUGUCAGCGAUUACAUAGUCCACCACGCCACAGUACCAGUGUUAGUGUGCAAAAGUGGAGAGGACAAGGAAAAAGACAAAGACGGUGAUGACGAAAAGAAAGACAGAAGGUAAUUAUAAAACGAAAUAGAAUAAACACGGAAACUGAACGAAUCCCAUCCAUUCAGUUGAUACAUUCAUCCAAUUGCUGUCAACCCAGCAGUCCAUUGUCUUCGUCUGAUAAUUGCCAUAUUAUACAAUAUUAUAUUUGUUUAACAAAAUUAAAAAAAACAAUGAUAACCAAAGCUAAUCUAAAACUUUCAUUAACAUUUGUUUUCCGUUGCGGGCUUCCUCUUAUAGCAUUCGCCCUGAUUGUUUUAUCAUACUCAAGUGUGGUGACAUCAAUUUUAUUUCUAUUGUUUUUAUAUACACAUGUUAAGAAUUGUUACAACGAAUUCUGGAAAGUGAAGUUUGCAUGUCCGUACAUUGCUUUUGAUGAUUUUCCUGAUGUCCUUGAGUGAUUUACAGCCAAAUGGAUACAUAACUUUGUAAAUUAUUAUUAUUAUUAUUAUUAUUAUUAUUAUUAUUAUUAUUAUUAUUAUUAUUAUUAUUAUUAUUAUUAUUAUUAUUAUUAUUAUUAUUAUUAUUAUUAUUAUUAUUAUUAUUAUUAUUAUUAUUAUUAUUAUUAUUAUUAUUAUUAUUAUUAAGGCAGCGAACUGGCAGAAUCGUUAGCAUGCCGGGCGGAAUGUUUAGCAGCAUUUCACCCGUCUUCACGUUCUGAGUUCAAAUUCUGCCGAGGUCGACUUUGCCUUUCAUCCUUUCGGGGUCGAUAAAAUAAGUACCAGUUGAGAACGAGAACUGGGGUCGAUGAAAUCGACUUACCCCUCCCCACAAUUGCUGGCCUUGUGCCAAAAUUAUUAUUAUUAUUAUACAUUAAUAAAGAAUGUUUAUAUUCA